AUGUCAAAUGUUCGAGAACAAGUAGUGGAAGACGUGCUCAAUGAAACCGAAUGCAGUCGCAACGAAGAACAGUUGGAUGGUAGCUUUUCAGAGACUUUACCUCCAAUCAAUCCUCCUGCUUCUUCAACUCAAAAUAAAAGUGUGCGUAGAGAAAGACAAAAAGAAAACACGGUGUCUAACAUUGACAAAGUUCUUGAGCAUUUAAAUAAAAAACAAAAAGUCACCACUAGUGCACUUGAUGCUAUUGAAAUGCUCAUGCUUAGCCACGCAAAAACAAUGAAAACAUUUUCUCCGAGAAGGCAAGCUACUGCGAAACAACAAAUUUCUAAUAUUAUUGGGAAUUUAGAAAUGGAUCAAAAUGAUGAAAAUGAAAAUUACCAUGGCUCCCGCUCAACUAACCAGCACGUUAUCCAUCACGAGGACCGCGAUUACCCUGCUACAACUGACCAACACGUGCAGGUUUACCCAACUCAAAACACUGAUGCUAUUAAUUUAUCAGUUGAAAAUUGUGCACAAACUUACACAAAUCUUGGUCGUUAUUCAUGGUAA